CAAAAACUCUUUUUUCCCGUAAAUUCCCAGUCCAGAAGUCUCGGCUGUAAUAAACUAAUAAUAUCAGUCCUUCCCACGAAUCUGUGGUUUGUGUUGUGGCUGUGAAAUCUGAAAUUGCAAUUUAUGGUUCUCUCAUUUGAAACAGGAAAAGCGCUCGUCUAAUCCAACACUGCUCCGCUUCGCGAAGCUUCUCUCGACUCUACCGUCCUUGCCGCUUUCUUCUUCCACCAACAACAUUGACCCUCCGCUCUCGCAUGAAAUUUGCAGAAUUCUUCAUAAUAUUGAUAGCUAUAGUACUUACUAUUCAUUCUAUGCGCAAGUUAUUCUUACAUGUCAGUGCUCAAUUUGGGAGCUGAUCAGAUUGUUUUUGCCUUCCAUGGGAAACAAAAUGGGGAAGCAAGAGAAGGAUGAUGUAAUAUUUUUGAAGAUCGUACCUCCUGUGGACCAGGUAUAUGCCAAGUGGCUUGCUAGAGAUGUUGAGAGAAUUCAUCGCUUUGUUCCGAAACAUACUCGUGCAGUAAAGCCACCAGAUCAUUAUGUGGAGUACAUGAAGUUGAAUGGAUUGUUGGAUGUGGAUCUGGAUGAUCCUGCUCUUGCCCAUUUGUUCAAGUAGAUAUAUAUAAUCUCAGAUCUGUAUGCAAUUCAGAGAAGUAGCAUGAGUUGAUAUACUUGCAUUGCAUUGUGAAUAACUGAAUAUAUUAAUGUUUAUUUUCCUGUCUUUCAUUGCUUUUUCCUAUAAGAGUUUCUAGAGUUUUUGUUUCUUAAAAUCUUUGUUUGGAUAGAUGACAAAGAGAAUGAUUGCUUGGGAGUGAUUUGAAAGAAAGUUGCUAUAUUUAUAGUUCAAGGUAUUCAUUUUUCU